AUGUCUUUUGACCUCAACAGAGACCUUGCUCUAUUGGUCUUAAAGUACUUUCAUGACCAAAAUUUUAAGGAAGCAGCACUCACGCUUGGUUGUGAAAGUGGGUUGUUCUUUGACAUGAAGUAUUUUGAGGAGAUGGUGCUUAAGGGCAAGUGGGAUGAGGCUGAGAACUAUCUUUUAGGGUUCACAAAAGUCAAAGACAACGACUACUCAAUCAAAAUAUACUUUGAAAUGAGGAAACAGAAAUACUUUGAGGCAUUGGACAAUAACGAUCGUUACAAGGCCUUAGACAUCCUCUUGAAGGAUCUCAAAAUCUUUGCACAUGGGAAUGAAAAGUUGAUCAAAGACCUUUGUCACCUUUUGGUAGUUGAUAAUAUAAGGGAAAUUAAACCAACAUAUCGAGAUGCAAUUUCUGCGAGGAUGAAUCUGAUAUAUGAAAUUAAGAAAAUUAUAAUUCAGCAUCCUCUUUUAGCUGGUAAGCUAAAACUUCCAGACAUGGAAAUUCACAGACUACGCCAUCUUCUCAAUCAAAGCUUAAACUGGCAGAAGCAUCAAAGGCCUGAUCAAGAACCUGACCUUUUAAGGGAUCAUGACAGUAAUUCCAAACCUUCUGCAUCUGCUUUAACAAAUUCAGGUGCACCGUAG